UAUUCAUACUUUUCUUUUACAGUAAGAGAUUCCCAAAACCCCAAAGUUUUCUCCUUUGCUAAAAAGAAAAAAAAUUUACCAUUUCUCUUCAUCCUCUGCUUAACCCACUAAUCUGUUUUCCAUUCUGAUUCUGAUUUCACUUUGUCUUUUAAAUUCUUUAUUUCAUCAUUCACCUUUUCUGUCACAUUUCUCUGCCUAUAAGAUCCCACCAAAACUUUGAGUCACCUCCCCCUCCUUCUCCUCUUCUUCCUUCUCUCUAAAUCUUGUUCUUCAUUCUCUAUUCAAGUUUCCUUCUUUUUUCAGCACAAACCCUUUUAAGGGCAUAAAAUUUAGCGUGUUCUGUUUAAGUUUGCCAUUUAUCUUAAAAUACCUUGAUGCAGAAUUCCUGGGUUUUGAUGUUUGAGAUUCAUGUCUCCAAUUCUCAGUGAACUCUAUCUUUCUGGGUUGAUGAUAAAUUCCACAUAUAGGCGCAGGACCCAUCUAGUUCAAUCCUUCUCAGUUGUUUUCCUCUACUGGUUCUACUGUAUCUCAUAAUCUAGCACAUUUUUCCAUUUCUCUAAACUAGGUUUAGUUGCUAUAAUAAUCUACAUACUUCAAAGGCAAAAACUAUAUACAUAAAUAUAUACCCAUAUAGUGUCAUAAACAAAAAUCCCCUGUUUUUUUUUUUUUUUUCUGUUACUGGGUUGAGGUAUUGACUAGUUUUCUGGGUCCUGCUAUAAAAAACUAAUUUCUUUUUGUCCUAAAAAUGGCUUCACCUGGAAGUGUUACAUCUUCUGGGACAUUAUCUCCCCAGCAGAACUCAUGCUCAGAGGAAGAGAUUCAGAAUCAAUUGAUAGAUGAAAGGAAGAGGAAGAGGAUGCAGUCUAACCGCGAAUCGGCAAGGAGAUCAAGGAUGAGAAAGCAGAAGCAUUUGGAUGAUCUAAUGGUUCAAGUUACCAAUCUUAGGAAAACCAACAACCAGCUUCUGAACAAUAUUAACAUCACUACCCAACAGUAUGUGAAGAUUGAAUCAGAGAACUCUGUUCUAAGAGCACAAAUGUCAGAGCUUGGUAGCAGGUUACAGUCACUAAAUGACAUCAUAAAUGCACUGAAUUCCAGCUCUAACAAUCAAAAUCUGGGUAUUUAUGGGGGUGAUGAUGAAGGAGAAGGCUACUUUCCAAUUAUUCCUGAGCCUUUUACAAGUGAUGGGUUCAUGAUGAAUCCAUGGGAUUCUACUGUGUAUUUAAACCAACCUAUCAUGGCUUCAGCUGAUAUGUUCCAGUAUUAGUGGCAUGUUUGAGUUACUUACUCUUAGAAGGGAGAAACUAGGGAGGUAAUUUUCACUUGUGAGGAUCUUAAAUCUUAAUUAAAGGGGGAUAAAUAUAAUCCUUAUUUUCCUUAUUUUUUUUUGGGUUUUAUUUGGGAGGGGUUUAUAUUCAAUAAGUAGUUUAGUACUACAAGGGAAUGGCUGGGUUUAAAUCAUAUGGUUAUUAUGGGUCUUUCUGUAUAUGAAUUAAUGAACUUUAUGCAAGUUUGGUCAUUCAAGUGUCCUCAUUGGAGCAAAUAUAUGUACAAUCUUGCAUUGGCAUUGCAAUCUAUAUCUUCAUGAUUUUUAUUUAAGCUUAAUGUGGUUCAACAUUUGUCCUCUUCUAUUUAAGUGCUCAUUGUUAUGUAAACCCAAGUGAAAAUUGUGUAUCAAAAGUUUCCUCAUUUUCCCACUUCUAUUAUAGUUCAACACCCAUUUCCCCAAAGAUAGAAUUUUCAUGUCUAUGACUAUCAUUAGUGUGCUAAUUGCUAGUUUACUACCCUCAAACCAAAAAGUUAAAAGAAGUUUCUCUAUUUAAUUAUGAGAAUCCCGAGCUUUGAGGAAUUUUGAUUUUCAUCACCUUCAAGAAAGAUGAAAUUCCUCUUCCUCCUUACCGGUAGUGAUUCUUUAGUCAACCCUAAAAAAAAAAA